AUGACCGAUAUCUAUCUAUCUGAACCUGAUCAAUAUCUAUCUAUCUCCUUCGUUCGUUCUUUCUUUCUUUCUUUCUCUUUUUCUCUCUCUUUCUCUCUCUUUCUCUCUCUCUUUCUCUCUCUUUUUCUCUCUUUUCCUCUCAUUCUCUUUCUCUCUCUCUUUCUUUCUUUCUUUCUUUCUUUCUUAUUCAUUUACAUUCUCCUUUAUUUCUUAUUUAUUUCCUCUUUUUUCUGUCGCCCCCUUCCGUUCCUCUUUCUUUCUUUCUCUCUUUCUUUCUCUUUCUCUCUCUCUUUCUUUCUUUCUUUCUUUCUUUCUUUCUUUCUUUCUUAUUCCAUUACCUUCUCCUUUAUUUCUUAUUUAUUUCCUCUUUUUCCCUCCAUUUCUCUUUCUUUCUUUCUUUCUUUCUUUUUUUCUUUUCUUUCUUUCUUUCUUUCUUAUUCCAUUACCUUCUCCUUUAUUUCUUAUUUAUUUCCUCUUUUUUCUUUCCAUUUCUCUUUCUUUCUUUCUUUCUUUCUUUCUUUCUUUCUUUCUUUUCUUAUUCCAUUACCUUCUCCUUUAUUUCUUAUUUAUUUCCUCUUUUUCCUGUUCUUCCCCUUCGUUCCUCUUUCUUUCUUUCUUUCUUUUCUUUUCUUUCUUUCUUUCUUUCUUUCUUUCUUUCUUAUUCCAUUACCUUCUCCUUUAUUUCUUAUUUAUUUCCCUUCUCCUUUAUUUCUUUCUUUUUUCUUUCUUUCUUUUCUUUUUUCCUUUCUUAUUCCAUUACCUUCUCCUUUAUUUCUUAUUUAUUUCCUCUUUUUCCUGUUCCUCUUUCUUUCUUUCUUUCUUUCUUUCUUUCUUUCUUUCUUUCUUUCUUUCUUUCUUAUUCCAUUACCUUUCCUUUAUUUCUUAUUUAUUUCCUCUUUUUCCUUUCACCCCCCCAUUUCUUUAUUUAUUUCUUUCUUUUUUCCUAUUCCACCUUCUCCUUUUUUUUCUUAUUUAUUUCUCUUUUUUUGUUCUUUUCCUCUUUCUUUCUUUCUUUCUUUCUUCUUUUCUUUUUCUUUCUUUUUCUUUCUUUCUUUCUUAUUCCAUUACCUUCUCCAUUACCUUUUUCCUGUUCACCCCCAUUUCUCUUUCUUUUUUUUUUCUUUAUUUAUUUCUUUCUUUCUUUCUUUUCUUUCUUAUUCCAUUACCUUCUCCUUUUUUCUUAUUUAUUUCUUUUUCCUGUUCGCCCCUUUCCGUUCCUCUUUCUUUUUUUCUUUCUUUCUUUCUUUCUUUCUUUCUUUCUUUCUUUCUUUCUUAUUCCAUUACCUUCUCCUUUAUUUCUUAUUUAUUUCCUCUUUUCCCUCUUCGCCACCUUCCAUUCUUCUUUCUUUCCUUCUUUCUUUCUUUUCACAAUGGCCUGACUCAGAUAAACAUUGUCAUUUCAGAAAAUUAUGGCACUACGGAAUUUGUUGUUUGCCGACUCUUUUUUCUUUGUCAAGUUUUUGUAAAACAAUCCUUUCAAGUAUUUUCUUCUUUUUUUUUCUCUUCAUAAUUCCUUUACACGGAAUCCUGGACAAUGUCUUCAUUUUUCUGUUCGCCACCUUCCAUUUCUUUCUUUCUUUCUUUCUUUCUUUCUUUCUUUCUUUCUUUCUUUCUUUCUUUCUUUCUUAUUCAGUUACAUUCGCCUUUAUUUCUUAUUUAUUUCCUCUUUUUCCCGUUCGCCACCUUCCAUUCUUUCUUUCUUUCUUUCUUAUUCAAUUACCAAUUAUCAGUUAA